CAUCGAAACGUCAAACCAGCUGUGGUUGUGGAGGUAACCUUCAACUUCGUUGUGAAAGAAUUGAGUCCUUUCAAAAUGGUUUUAUUUACGUGUAAAUCUCCGCGCAGUGCGUACGAUAAUGUUUGUUCCAAAUGUAUUCGAAAACUCUCUAUCAAAUUCUAAAGAAUCUCAUCGAUUUUUUUUCAACAAUGACUAACACAACCACCAAUUCGAACCCUGCCUCACCCUACAUCUUCAAGCCUUUCCGGUACGAAGAAAUCAAACCGAAUCAAAAGAGCAGAGUGCCUUAUCCUCGGAGUGGCCAUCGCAUCGGGGCCGAUUCUGCCAACUUCUACUCUUUCGGGGGCUACAACCCCUUGAUAGGGAGUGACGAAACAAUAAGCGACGAGAUUUGGGUGCAAUCGUACCCACUUUUUCAAGAGUUGUGGCGAUUUAAUUUUGCCAGGAAAGAGUGGACGAGGUAUUCGAACAGCCACACAUUACCGCUGGAACUAGCGUCAAAUGCUUUAGUCCUUCAUAAAAAUGUCUUGAUGGUUUAUGGGGGCACCGGAUCUCCUUUUGGUUUCAGAUGUAGCAACCAAUUAUUUGUGUGUCGCGUUAAUGACAGUGAGGGGCUUAUGGACGAGGUCCAUACGACGGGGCAGUUGCCUUUACCCGCCUAUGGACAAGCUUUGAUUUACCAUAAUGAUUACCUCUACACCAUUGGGGGAACCACAGGAGUUCAAUACACAUGUGAUAUUCACAGGUUAAAUCUGAAAACUCUAGUCUGGGAAAGCGUCUACAUUUGCCGCGGAAUAGGCGAAUACGAACCUACAGGCCGGUACCGUCAUGAAGUCGGUUUCGACAAACGUAACAUUUACGUUUUGGGAGGAGGAACGGCCUUACUCGCUUUCGAUUUCAUGACGAUUCCCGUUUUUAAUUUAGAGAAACAAAUCUGGUAUCCUCAGAAAUCUGUCAGGGAUACAAGAUACGGUAUACCACAACCGCGACGUUGCCACGGAGCCGUCCAAAUCACCACGGAAAAUGGUAAUCAGGUGUUCAUCGCGGGCGGCCACGACGGCGAGAAUGUGUUUGAUGAUCUCUGGAGGUUGGAUUUGCAAACGUUUCAAUGGACUUAUUUCGACAAGUGUCGGUUGCCGUUUCCUAUAUAUUUUCACGCGGCAGCGGCGUCGCCCGAAGGCAGACUGUAUAUCUUCGGCGGCAUUUGCAGUAGCAACGAUAAUGAUGUUAGAAGAAGUAAUUGUAUGUACUCGACGUGGCUGUGUAUUCCUAAACUAAGUGAAAUCUGUUGGGAAGCCGUACUGCACUAUAGUCCCCAUAUUGUUAAGUGUAAGAGCGAGGAUUUGAUUAAUAUAGGAUUACCGAGACAUUUUGUGCAAAGGUUGGGUAAUAGUAAUCCACCGAUUAAAAGAGAACAAUAAACGACUACUCAUUUAUUAGAGUUUCCUAAGAGGAAAGGGAACUUUAUUUAUUUAAAUUCUCGAUGAUUAAAAUGUUUAAUAAGAAAA